CCCACCACGUGUCAGUCAGUAGAAGAAUUCAAAGUCAGCAAAAAACGUGAUUUGAUUUCAUUGGGAGUAUCAACCACCCACCCAUUCCCUUCCACUUAUCCAUUUCCAUUUCCAUACAAAAUCUCACUCUCACCACUGCAACUCUUGUUUCGUUCUUUCCACCAAAAUCAAACUCUGUUACUCCGUUAACAAUGGCGUUCCCGGUAGUAGUAGACUCAGAGUAUCUCAAGGAAAUCGAAAAAGCUCGUCGCGAUCUCCGUGCUCUCAUCGCCAACAGAAACUGUGCUCCCCUCAUGCUUCGCUUAGCUUGGCACGAUGCGGGAACUUAUGAUGCAAAGACCAAGACCGGUGGACCUAAUGCUUCUAUUCGGAACGAGGAAGAGUUUUCUCAUGGUGCUAAUAAUGGAUUGAAGAAAGCUAUUGAUUUCUGUGAGGAAGUGAAGGCAAAACAUCCUAAGAUUUCAUAUGCUGACCUUUAUCAGCUUGCGGGUGUUGUUGCAGUUGAGGUUACUGGGGGUCCCACAGUCAACUUUGUUCCUGGAAGAAGGGAUUCAAAAGUAUGUACCAGAGACGGGCGACUUCCUGAUGCUAAACAAGGUGUGUCGCAUCUCCGUGAUAUCUUUUAUCGUAUGGGCUUGACUGACAAAGAUAUUGUUGCACUGUCUGGGGCUCAUACGCUGGGAAGAGCACAUCCAGAGAGAUCAGGGUUUGAUGGCCCUUGGACAGAGGACCCUCUGAAGUUUGAUAACUCAUAUUUUCAGAUACUUUUGGAAGAAGAUUCCGCAGCUCUGCUUAAACUUCCAACAGACAGGGCUUUAUUGGAUGAUCCUGAAUUUCGCCGUUAUGUUGAGCUGUAUGCGAAGGAUGAGGAUGCAUUUUUUCGAGAUUAUGCUGAAUCACAUAAGAAACUUUCAGAGCUUGGCUUUGCGCCAAGCUCAAAGGCGACUGCUCCUGUGGAUGCAACCGUACUGGCACAAAGCGCUUUUGGAGUUGUAGCUGCCGCUGCAGUGGUGAUCCUUGGUUACUUGUAUGAAACUCACAAAAGAGGGAAGUAGACUUUGAUUUGUUCAGCUCUGUUGGAUGUCACGUUUGUGUGGUCUGUAACGAGCAGUAUUGGGUUCAUUUUUGCAGUUCCAGUCUAUGUUUUCUUAGUAUCAAUAAGAAUAUUGCUACAUUCUACAGCUAUUGGGUAUAUGAAUAGACUAUAAAUACAACUGAAUACUCCAAUUAUGAGCAGCAUCAUAACUAUUAUGUACAUAGAAAUUUCAGUAGUCCCAUUUACGUGUUCGUUUUCUCUUGAAGAUCAGAAAAGGAGGUUAGUUAAUUUGCCGUGUUAGUGUAUGUUAUUGUGAGUAAAUCAGAAUUUGAAAACAAAGGAUUGUAAUCAAGAAGAAUUACUGCAUUUGCGCCCGAUGAUCAAUAA